AUGUCACCACCUUCAUCUGAUACUCCCUAUGAUUCAUUGGACGAUGAUAUCAUUGGACCUAUUACACCUCCUGCGAUACUUCACCAUCUGUCUAAGUAUACAAAAAGCGCAAAGAAAAGACCCAAGCCUUACCAAAGAAUUGUCCCCAACGUGUUAGAACACCUCUGUGGUGAGGAGUGUUCGGGGUGCACUAGCUCCAAGGAUCUGUCAAGAGAUCAAAGGGAAAGAACUCAAUUGCAACUUAGAUUGAAGAGCCUGACUCCUGAGGCUCGCGCCCAUGCCAUGAUUCCGAUCCAAGUCGAUAUUGAAUGGAGGCACAUGCGCGCUAUCGCAGCUGCUUUGCACGUCAAUGCGGUUCAGAAACAUUCCAUUUGUACUACUGAGGAGCUUGAGAAUCGCAAAAAUUGUAGUAUUGCUGUGUACAACCUUGAUGAGACUUCAUUUGCUGCUGCUGACAUAGAGUUUGAUCAUGUCGAAAAUAUUGCUUCACCACCAGUUCAGACGAAGAAACUUUCAAUGACAACUGAAAUCGUGGCGCGGGACACUGCGCUUUCAUUUGUAGUACAAAUUGUGCACCAUCUCGACUUAUUACUAGGCUUGCAAUCUACAUUUCCCCAACAAGGCGAUCUCAGUAUCGAGUACUGGAUUGAAUUUUUGAGUUCAAAUAUGUCACUCGCAGGCAGCUUCAUAAGGGAAACCCCGGAUUUUGCCAAGUGUUCAGAAUGUACCCUUAGCCCGAGGAGCAGCGGAACUACUGCUAGUACCUAUACGGAUCAAUUUCUAGCACUCACCAAUGGUAACAACUCGGACGACUUGCUGAGGAGCUUGCUUCCCAGGCAACGUUGCGCAUCCAGUCUAUCAUCCUUUGCCACAAAUAUCCUGAAAAUGUCCUGUUGGUGUCGAUGGUGCUGUAAGCAGAGCCUUGAGGUAAGUCAUAAGCAACAUGUUAUAUGCUUCAAGUUAAGUGGUGAAUCACUCCGAGCCUUGUAUUUCAAUCUGAACCAGGAUCUGAACCAAUAUGGUUCCAAAAAGGCCUCUGAUGCUCCCGAAAUGCCCCACAUGAAUGCCCAUGACUAUUAUACCCCCCACUCGCACCAUCAUCAUAAUCCUAUCUCGCAUGAGCCCACAUGUGAGGGCCAGCUCCAGUCCAGCAUCCUAGCGCCCAAUAAUUCUCACUUCCAAGGUCCCGCAGGCAGCUAUGCAAACCCACAAUCUCAGCUGCAGUUCUAUACAGUGUCCCAUGGACCAGCUCCCACUGGCACAACUGUUCUUUAUCUGGCUUCUUUUGACCUUAGCACAAGUCAAGCGGCUUCUUCAUACGGCUAUCAUAAUACACUUUCUGCAGCUGGUGGCCAGCAUCAGCCUGAGGGUUCUGAUAUUGGACUAGCGCAUGACACAUCUGCGUACUCUAACUACCUGCCUCCUUACUCGCAGAAUCUUGUGGGUGGCAGUCACAAUAGUCUAGCCCUGUCGCAGCCACCCUCUUCUGCAGUUAGCACAUUUCAGCAAGCUUGCAGCCAGUAUCCGCAGGACGGCUCUUCCAACUUGAAUGUAGCCCAGAGUGCCCCGCAGGGACCAGCUUUCCCCUCAACCUCCCUUUAUCUGACAUCUUUUGACCCAAACAUGAGUCAGGCGGCUUCUUCAUAUGGCCAUUAUGAUUCACAGCCCGCAGCUGAUAGCCAGCACCAGCCUGAGGCUUCAAAUACCGAGCCAGUGCACCAUGCGGCUGCCCACUGUAACUAUCAACAUCCUUACUUGCAGGGUCCUGUGGGUGGCAACUACAACAAUCCAGUACAGUCUGAACUACCGUCUUCCACCAUCAAUGCAUCUCGGCAAUCUGUGGGCGAGGUUCUUCAUGACGACUCCUUCAAUAUAGCCCAACACGCCCCCCAGAUUGAAUCUUUAAUACUCAAUCAUUUGAAGAUGGAUGCUUCAAGACUGAUGAGAGUGUCUCUAUUUCGGAACACCCUGUUUCUGAUCAAAGAGAAGAACGAUGAGUUGGCCGAUGCAGCGCUUAAUGAUGUGAUCGCUAUUCAUAUGAACAACGACAAUGCUAGGGAACUUGGGGAAUGGAAGUUGCGGCCAGAAGGUCAAAACACUCUGAUAAGGCUUAAAGGGGUCGCCAAACACAUCCAUACGGACUGCCAGGGCAAGGGUUAUGCUUGGGGGUUGGUGAUUGGAGCCUAUAACCUAUCCGCUCAAAUUUUGUUCAAGCACCCAAACAAUGUUAUACCAUCACGCAAAGUGCACGCCUUGACAUUGGUCAUGAAUGAUGGGCAACUCCAAUCACUUUGCGUCCCAUUUGGGAGCUCUACCAUCAUCACUAUGACAGAACACAUACUGGUUGAUCAGGGGUAUCAUCAUUAUAUACCUCUCGACACAGCCACUGGGGACUGGGAAUUUGGGCUUCAAAACACCAUGGCCCUUUCCGCAAUGAUCUGUGAAUUGGAAAUGGUGCAAUGCUUGAAGAUCGGCUGGUUCCAACCCAUAGAUCUCCAUGCCAAGGGAUGUAGUAUCUAUGCGAGAAUGAAGGCUCAGAUGGCAUCAUUGAACGGAAUUAGUUUGUCUCAGUCGCGGUGGUUGGAGAUCCUCUAG